CCACCCCACACCACACUAUAAUCUCACAAGUAGUACACUGAUCAAAAAAGGCUAAGUAAUAUCUCUUUUCACCAUGAAGAUAAAGAUAACUAGCAAAACCCAUGUGAAACCAAACAAGCCAAUACUAGGGAAGAAACAAUUCCAUCUCACCACAUUUGAUCUUCCUUACCUAGCUUUCUACUACAACCAGAAGUUUCUGCUCUACAAGUUCCAGAACCUUCUAGAUCUAGAGGAACCCACUUUCCAAAACAAUGUCGUGGACAAGCUCAAGGAUGGUUUGGGCUCGGUUCUUGAAGACUUCUAUCAGCUUGCCGGUAAGCUGGCCAAGGACGAGGAAGGGGUCUUUCGGGUUGAGUACGAUGCUGACGAUGGAGAGAUCAACGGCGUGGAGUUCACCGUUGCUGAUGCUGCUGACGUCAGCGUUGAUGAUCUCACGGCUGAGGACGGGACGGCUCAGUUCAAGGAGUUGGUUCCGUACAAUGGGAUCUUGAACUUGGAAGGACUUAGCAGGCCUCUCCUUGCUGUCCAGGUGACGAAGCUUAAAGAUGGGCUUGCAAUGGGCCUAGCAUUCAACCACGCAAUCCUCGACGGAACAGCCACAUGGCACUUCAUGAGCUCAUGGGCCGAGAUCUGCCGUGGAUCCCAAACCAUCUCAACCCCACCAUUCCUCGACCGCUCCAAGGCGCGUGACACGCGCGUGAAACUCGACCUCGCUUCCCCAAAUGACCCCAACGCGCCUUCCAACGGCGACGCCACAUCGGAACCGCCGCAACUUGUAGAAAAAGUCUUCAAGUUCUCAGACUCAGCCAUCCACACGAUCAAGUCAAGAGUCAACUCAACCGUCCCAUCCGACGGCUCAAAAAAGCCCUUCUCCACUUUCCAGUCCCUCACAUCACACAUCUGGCGCCACGUCACCCUCGCGCGUGGGCUUAAACCCGAAGACAUAACUGUCUUCACUGUCUUCGCUGACUGUCGCAAACGCGUUGACCCUCCCAUGCCCGAGGAGUACUUCGGGAACAUGAUCCAGGCCGUCUUCACGGGGACGGCGGCGGGGCUGCUGGCGGCGCACGGGCCGGAGUUCGGAGCUUCGGUGGUGCAGAAAGCCAUCGUGGCGCACGACGCGCGUGUGGUGGACGCGCGUAACGAGGAGUGGGAGAAGUCUCCGAAGAUAUUUCAGUUUAAAGACGCGGGAGUGAACUGCGUGGCGGUUGGGAGCUCGCCGAGGUUUAGGGUUUAUGAGGUGGAUUUUGGGUGGGGUAAACCGGAAACGGUUAGGAGCGGUUCGAAUAACCGGUUUAAUGGGAUGAUGUAUUUGUACCCCGGGAAAGCUGGAGGUGUGAGCAUUGAUGUGGAGAUUACUCUUGAAGCUCAUGUCAUGGAGAAGUUAGAGAAGAGCAAAGAGUUUUUAGUUAUGGAGGAGGAGGAAGAUGGAAACAAGGUCAGUAAUGGCAAUGGGCAUGCUAAUGGUAAUGGUAACGGGUUUGUUUGAGGAGACGAUCAAAGCUAGUUUCAUUAAUGUGGAAGACCCUCUAGUUAUGUUGAUAAUAAUCAGCAGAUUGCUGACGUGGAAUUUAUGUAUUUGUUUAUGUUGUUGUGUGUUGAUUUUGAACUUUGGAGUGUUUGGACAUGGUUCUUAAGUGGUUUAGUUGCUGUUUAAAAUUUAAGAUUCAAUUGUGAGUGGGAGAAUGUUUUCGUUACGAC